UUAAGAACUCCACUAUUACAAACAGUUAAAGUGUAUUCAUUUUUCAUAUUGUACAUUGUUUUCGUAUUUCUAAUAUAUUUUAGAUUUCCAACCGCAAAAAAUUUGACUCUACACGAAAAUAAUUCGCAUAAUCCCCAGAAUAUAGUGAUAUGCGAUAAAUGCGGUAAAACUUUUAGAGAUAAAUGUCGUUUGAAAUUACAUCACCGACAUGAUCACUUAAACGAACCGAAACCGGAAAAAAUACCACAAGAAUGUCCAUUCUGUAAUAAAUGGUAUUCAUCGAAAUCGAGCGUACAAGAUCAUAUACGUAAUAUGCAUACAGACAACGAUAUCGAACAUCGUUGUCCCACCUGUGGUUUUGUCUCGACUACGGCGAAAGCUUUAAAGAAGCAUAUACUUUUUAAUCAUGAUGCUGUGCGUAGACAUAAAUGUAAUUUAUGUGAAAAGGCCUUUAAAAGGCCACAGGAUAUAAAGGAACAUAUGGCUACGCAUACGGGCGAACCUUUGUAUACGUGCGUGAAUUGUGGUAAAACUUUCAAGUCAAAAGCGAAUAUGUUUCAUCAUCGUAGACGUUUUCAUAGAGCCGAAUGGAUAGCCGAUCGUACAAAACCUCCUAAAGAGAAAUAUUCUAGAAAUUAAUGUUAAAAUAUGAGAAUUAAUAAAUAUAAAUUUUAAUACAUAAAAGAAUCAUGAUCAAGAUAAUAUCUUAUUUGGCUGUCUGGUUUGGUUCAAAAUUUUAAAUUAAUCAUGGCUACAUCUAAUGUUA